AUGCUUGGGUUGGAGCAUGGCCAGCCGAAAGUGGGCGAGGAGAGCCUGAGAGGCGACAGUGUCGACGAUUAUGACCUCCAUGACGACUACGAUGAGCGCCUGGACCCCCGAUUCAAGCCUGUCUAUCCUCCUGGCCCUGGCGACCAUGAGGACCAUGAGGACCAUGAGGACCAUGAUGACCAUGAUGGCCAUGGCGACCAUCAGGAUAGCCAGGAUGAGAGAGGCAAGGGCGAAGUUGAAGGUGAGGACGGCGCUGAUCAGGAAGCCUUGUCGAAGGCCGAGGCGUUGCUGAAGAUUGGCAAGCUCAGGGACGAGGAACACAGGCGCAAGGAAGCAGAUAAUUUCGCCAAGAUCUUCGGCCAUGGACUUGACCAGACUGGAAGAAGGAUGCAGCUGGUCGAUGAGCUGGACGAUGCGCCAGAUGUUGAAGCGGACUCUGUCUCUCAGCUCGCCAUUCUCUUGGAGGAGCAGGACAGAAGUCUGCGGGCGGGUGGCUCCGGAAGGUGA